AUGGCCUCAAAAGGAAUCUUUGGGCUCCUGUCCCUCAUCCUCGUCGCGGGCGGUCUGCUGUUGAUGUUCUUCAUCCUGCUGGCCGGUGCAGUCGACGGGGCCCCAGUCAAUCGCUGGUACUUCCUCGAAGCCGAUACGAGCAAUAUUCCGAAUGCGCCUCCACUGUCAAGAUGGACAUACUGGAAUGUAUGCGGUGUCGAUGGCUCCAGAACCGCCUGUGGGGAUGCCAACUAUGAGAAAGUGCACCCAGCCUUCCCUCUUGACCCGGCGAGCCACCGCACCUUCGAUACCGAUGUCAAUGUCCCGGAGAACUUUGUCCGCAAUCACGGCUACUACUUCUACUUGACCCGGUUCAUGUUCGCUUUCAUGCUGAUCGCUCUUUUCUUCGCCGUUUGCGCCCUCUUGACCGGCGUAUUGGCCCUCUGCACUCGGAUCGGAGCAUACCUGUCUGGCCUAUUGACGAUGAUCGCUUUGUUCUUUCAACUCAUCCAAGCUUCCCUCAUGACUGCUGCGUAUGUGAAAGGUCGGGACAAUUUCCGCAGCAACGACCAGUCUGCUCGCAUCGGCAAGUAUGCCUUCGGCUUCACCUGGGCUGCCGCGGCUUGUUUCUUCCUUGCCUCCGUCUUUUUCUGCCUGGGUGGCUCCCGGAGCAAGGACCGAACCACGACCAAGACAACCAAGCGCCGUAAUUUCUUCGGCGGCAAGCGAAGCAGGAGUACUCGAAGCCGAGGGAGCUUUAUUAAUGGCAGCAAAGAAUAUUCGUGA